GGCGAAGAAGAAAAUGUUCAAUGGCGGCUAUUCAGCCUUUUUUCCGAAAGCAACAACGAGCGCGGCUCACGACAUCUCUGGAAAAAAAUACUUCAACUCGAGAGAUUAACUUUUCAAUGUAAAACUGUUGACUAAACAUCAGCCUUGUCAUCAUGGCCAGUGGUCCAGGAGUGAGAGUAAGCAUCGAGUCCUCCUGCGAGAAGCAGGUGCAGGAAGUGGCUCUGGAUGGGACGGAGACCUAUGUGCCACCUCUGUCUAUGUCCCAGAACCUGGCAAAGUUGGCACAGAGGAUCGACUUCAGCCAGGGAUCUGAUUCAGAGGAGGAUGGAGCUGAGGUCGACUCCAGGGAACGUGAGUGGGGCAAGCAGGAGGCAGAGGAAGAAGAAGGCACAGUGAAGUUCCAGCCAUCCUUGUGGCCUUGGGACUCUGUGCGAAACAACUUGCGCAGUGCUCUGACAGAGAUGUGUGUCCUCUAUGAUGUCCUCUGUGUGGUGAAGGAGAAGAAGUACAUGGCGCUAGACCCAGUGUCACAGGAUCCUUCAAUAAGCAAGGGUCCUCAGGUGAUACAGCUGAUGAGUAAGAAGAAGUCGCUGGCCUCAGCAGCACAGCUCCUCCUGAAGGGUGCAGAAAAGCUCAACAAGUCUGUAGCGGAGAACCAGGAAAACCGGCGGCAGAGAGACUUUAACUCUGAGCUGCUGCGACUGCGCUCACAUUGGAAACUACGCAAAGUCGGAGACAAGAUCCUUGGAGACCUUAGCUACCGGAGUGCAGGUUCACUUUUUCCUCAUCAUGGCUCAUUUGAGGUGCUCAAGAACACAGACAUCGAUCUGGACAAAAAAAUCCCAGAGGACUACUGCCCCCUUGACGUCCAGAUUCCUAGUGAUCUAGAAGGAUCUGCGUAUAUCAAGGUUUCCAUCCAGAAACAAUCUCCGGACAUCGGUGAUCUUGGAACAGUCAACUUGUUCAGGAGACAAUCAAAAACCAUAGCUGGUUCUCAACCGUGGCACGUAAAGCUUGAGGCGGCUCAGAACGUUCUUCUCUGUAAGGAGAUCUUUGCGCAGCUGUCCAGGGAAGCCGUGCAGAUAAAAUCCCAGAUCCCUCACAUUGUUGUGAAGAAUCAGAUCAUCUCACAGCCUUUCCCAGGUCUGCAACUGUCCAUCUCGCUCUGCCACUCGACGGGAGAGAAGAAGAAUCAUCGAGCGUCUCCAGAGAAGCCCAAACCGGAUGACCAUCUUUACGUUCUGGAACACAACCUGCAUCAGAUGAUGCGUGAGUUUCACAAGCAGCAGCUGAGUUCCCUGGUGAUGCCGCACCCCGCCACCUCCCCCUUUGGCCACAAACGAAUGCGCCUGGCUGGCCCGCAGGCCUACGACAAAGCCGAGAUCGCCAGCUUGCAGCAGAGAGAGGGCCUCCUGGAGAAGAUCAUCAAGCAGGCCAAGCACAUCUUCUUACGUAGCCGGACCGCACGCACCAUCGAUAGUCUGGCCAGCCGGAUUGAAGACCCCCAGAUCCAAGCUCACUGGUCCAACAUUAACGACGUGUACGAGUCCAGUGUCAAAGUGCUGAUCACCUCUCAGGGCUACGAGCAAAUCUGCAAGUCCAUCCAGCUGCAGCUCAACAUCGGUGUGGAGCAGAUCCGGGUGGUGCACAGAGAUGGACGUGUCAUCACUCUGUCACACCAGGAGCAGGAGCUGCAGGACUUCCUCCUCUCACAGAUGUCCCAGCACCAGGUGCAUGCUGUGCAACAGCUGGCUAAAGUGAUGGGCUGGCAUGUGCUGAGCUUCAGUAACCACGUAGGCCUCGGCCCGGUGGAGAGCAUUGGAAACGCCUCCGCUGUCACUGUGGCCUCCCCCAACGGAGAGUAUGCCAUCUCAGUGCGUAACGGUCCAGAGAGCGGCUGCAAGGUGGUGGUCCAGUUCCCCCGCAAACAGACUAAGGAGCUGCCCAAGAGCGACGUCAUCCAGGACGCCAAGUGGACCCACCUCAGGGGGCCGUACAAGGAGGUCCACUGGAGUAAGAUGGAGGGACGGAACUUUGUCUACAAAAUGGAGCUCCUCAUGGCCGCCCUGACCCCCUGCCCUUAAACACACCUACCCCCCAGCCCUCGUCCUCCGACUGGAGAUGGACAGGAAAACAUUCUUUGUGAAAGAAGCCAUGUUACAAAAUUCAUGCCCUUUUUAUUCUUGAGGACUUUUACAAGAGAGCCCCUUAAAUUGUGUUGGCUGCCUGCUCACUUGUUGCUCAUGUUUGUACACAUAAAGAGCAAAAUCUGCUUCUA